GGCACCUUGUGGGGGGCCUGUGGGAGAAGAGUAUCUGAUUACUCAGUGUCUUGAAGGGGACAGCAGGGGCCCCUCUUUGUCAGUGGGCAUUUUGAAAGUUGUUUUAAAGUAUCACAGCCACUCCAGGGCAUGCCCGGAAGCCCAGUCCCCAGGCAGCUCCCAAGGUUCCCUGUGAAUACCCUGAGCUACCUUGGGACAGGUCUUUACUGCCUGAUGCCUUGGGCUUGGCCCUGCCUUGGCCCGGUAUCCAGUGCCACUGGAGGCCGUGAUUUCCUCUGGAGAGAACUGUCCACCCUGAAAAGACAGACUGAUUCCUCCUGGCCACCUUUCAGAGCCUCAGGGAGUGGCGCCUUCCCGCUCCACCCCCGACAUGUUUCUGUUUCUAAUCCCAGCCUGGGCAGGAAUGUGGCCACCAGGCCAGGGGCCAAGGAGCUAUUUUGGGGUCUCCUUUGCCUGGGGAGGGCCUGGCCACAUCACUUUCCUCCCCCAGCCUUUGGACAGCAGGUCACCCCUGGCCCUGGCUUCUGAGAGCAUCCCCUCCCGGUUCUCUCCUUACCACCCCUUCCCCACCUCCCACCAAAGAGAAAGUGUGAAGCAGAGGGCCCAGGGCUAAAUUUAACUGUCCCAAAGUUGGAUUCCACUGCUGAGUCACAAGAAAGGCUGCUCUGGCCUCCAGCCCCCCUUCCCAGGCCUCAACCCCUUUCGCCUCCCCCCCACCCCGCAGUGCUGGGGCUUGGCAGGAGCCAGGGGGGUAGGUCCUGGGUCACGGAGCCUCUAUUGGCCCCUCUGGGCAGUGGGAGGGCUCCUCUGGACCUCGUUCACACUGACUUUCCCCAGGCUCCACCUUUUUAUUGGGGGUGCAAGUUAAGAUUCUCAGUUCCUGCAGUCUGGCACCGCAGUGUUCUGAGGGGUGCUGGAAGGAGAGUUGGGGUGUUGGCUCUUGAGGGGUUAAAGCUGGGAGGCGGGAGGAGGGCUGGACAAAGGGGUGGGGAGAAAAGUAGGAGGCCUCAGCUGCAGAGAAGUGGCCAGAGGCCCAGGGGACAGUCAGGGCAGGCAGACAUGCAGCCAGGACUCCGGGGCCUGGACAGGGUCUGCCAGGCCCCGUGACAGGAGGACCCCGUGCCCCGGCCCGGGGAAGGGCCAUGGUGCUGUCUGCCCAACAUGUCAGCCGAGGUGCGGCUGAGGCGGCUCCAGCAGCUGGCGCUGGACCCCGGCUUCCUGGGGCUGGAGCCCCUGCUCGACCUUCUCCUGGGCGUCCACCAGGAGCUGGGUGCCUCCGAUUUGGCCCAGGACAAGUAUGUGGCCGACUUCUUGCAGUGGGCGGAGCCCAUUGCAGCGAGGCUUAAGGAGGUUCGACUGCAGAGGGAUGACUUUGAGAUUCUGAAGGUGAUUGGACGCGGGGCAUUCAGCGAGGUAGCGGUGGUGAAGAUGAAGCAGACGGGCCAGGUGUAUGCCAUGAAGAUUAUGAAUAAGUGGGACAUGCUGAAGAGAGGAGAGAGAGGGAUGUGUUGGCAAAUGGGGACCGGCGCUGGAUCACGCAGCUGCACUUCGCCUUCCAGGAUGAGAACUACCUGGGACAUCAAACCGGACAACAUCUUGCUGGACCGCUGCGGCCACAUUCGCCUGGCGGACUUUGGCUCCUGCCUCAAACUGCGGGCUGAUGGAACGGUGCGGUCCCUUGUGGCUGUGGGUACCCCCGACUACUUGUCUCCAGAGAUCCUGCAGGCUGUGGGCGGCGGCCCUGGGACCGGCAGCUAUGGGCCUGAGUGUGACUGGUGGGCGCUGGGUGUGUUCGCCUAUGAAAUGUUUUACGGGCAGACGCCCUUCUAUGCGGACUCCACGGCUGAGACUUACGGCAAGAUUGUCCACUACAAGGAGCACUUGUCUCUGCCACUGGCAGACACUGGGGUCCCGGAAGAGGCUCGAGACCUCAUCCAAGGUCUGCUGUGUCCCGCGGAGAUAAGGCUAGGACGUGGUGGAGCAGACGAUUUCCGGAAGCAUCCUUUCUUCUUUGGCCUUGACUGGGAGGGACUUCGAGAUAGCCUGCCCCCCUUUAUUCCGGACUUCGAGGGUGCCACGGAUACUUGCAACUUUGACGUGGUGGAGGAUGGGCUCACUGCCAUGGUGAGCGGGGGCGGGGAAACACUGUCGGACAUUCCGGAAGGUAUGCCGCUGGGGGUCCACCUGCCUUUUGUGGGCUACUCCUACUCCUGUAUGGCCCUCAGGGACAGUGAGGUCCCAGACCCCACACCAAUGGAACUGGAGGCCCAGCAAUUGCCUGAGCCACGUGUGCAAGAGCCCAGCGUGGAGCCCAGGGUGUCCCCCCCAGAGGACAUGGCUGAAGUGGCAGAUCCAACUGCUGCCCCCGUGGCAGAGACAGAGCCGGAGGUGACCCUGCGGGAGCUCCAGGAAGCCCUGGAGGAGGAGGUGCUCAGCCGGCAGAACCUGCGCCUCGAGCUGGAGGCCAUCCGCACGGCCAACCAGAACUUCGCCAGUCAGCUACAGGAGGCCGAAGCCCGGAACCGAGACCUGGAGGUGCACAUCCAGCAGCUGCAGGAGCGGCUGGAGUUGCUGCAGACAGAGGGAGCCGCAGCUGUCACGGGGGUCCCCAGUCCCCGGGCCACGGAUCCACCUUCCCAUAUGGCCCCCCGGCCGUGGCUCUGGGCCAGUCCCCGCUGGUGGGGCCAGGCCCCAUGCACCGCCGCCACCUGCUGCUCCCUGCCAGGGUCCCUAGGCCUGGCCUAUCGGAGGCGUGUUCCUUGCUCGUGUUCGCCGCUGCUCUGGCUCGUGCCGCCUCCUUGGGCUGCAUUGGGUUGGUGGCCAGCGCAGGCCAUCUCGUCCCAAUCUGUCAUCGCCCGGGAGCCACCUUCGUCCCCUGAACCCUAGACCUCAGGCUCGGUUAAAAGGUUGGGUGACCCGGGCUCGGCCUAGAAGCUGCUCCCACCGCCUCCCAGUUCAUACCGCUCCGAGCGCGGGUCUUCGCCCAGCUCCAAUCCUGUGAUCCGGGCCCGCCCCCUGGCGGCCGGGAAGGGAGGAGCUGAUCCUUGGCCGGCGAAUGGGGUUAGCGGGGGACUUGCAGCCAGGAAUGUUGUUGCUGCUGAGGCUGCUGUGGCUGCUGCUGGGGGGAGUUGCCGAUCACUGCUUUCUUCUGGGCGGGUUGAGGCCCCGACGUGGAUGGACAGAUCGCUGUCCAGAGAAGGCAGCCGACCGGAGCUCAGCCAUCCUCGACCUGGAUGGGCAAAUCGCGGUCCGAAAAGGCAGCCGACCGGAGCUCAGCCAUCCGAUUUUCACCCUCCACGCACCUGCCAUCUGUUCGCAAACCACAAAUCCUCCCUGUGCAUGAACUCCUAUUCUCCCCGGAACGUUCUACCGCAGCGAACGUUCGGCGUCACCUCUGCCUGCUCCCUCGGGAACCUUUUGCUUUUGCCAGCCCACCUCCCCCCUUACGUGCGCUGCUCUAGGAGCCACAGCUGGCUCCGCCCGUCUUGGUGGUUUGGAUAUUUAUUGCCUUUAUCCUCCGACUUGCUGACAGCCUCCAGGACCCCAUCACCCUAAUCCACGUUUUGGAUGCACUGAGACUCGACAUUCCUCGGUAUUUAUUGUUUGGCCCCACCUAGGACCCCCACCCCCGACCCUCGCAAAUAAAAGACCCUUUCGUCAGCCUGAA